ACUACAUUUCCCAGAAAGCGCAGCUGAAGGCCGAUUGAAGGUGUCAUCAUCCAGACGCCGGUGGCGUGGGUUUCUCUUCUUGCUGGCACAUUUCUUUUAUUUCGUCUCCUUGUAAACAACAGAAAAGCUCAUUGCUGUCAGAUCUGAACAACAUGACGGAACGAAAAGGAACAGCCAAGUUGGAUUACUUGAGAAAGAUUGAAUUAGAAGUCCAGGAGAAAUGGGAGAAGGAGAAGGCGUUUGAGAAUGACGCACCGUCAACUGUUGGAGAAACCUCAAACAAAAACAAAUACUUUGUCACCUUUCCUUAUCCAUACAUGAAUGGUCGACUGCAUCUUGGCCAUACUUUCAGCUUGUCAAAGUGUGAGUUUGGUGUCGGCUACCAGUCUCUCAAGGGGAAGAGAUGCCUUUUCCCAUUUGGGCUGCACUGCACAGGAAUGCCGAUCAAGGCCUGUGCAGACAAGCUAAAGAGAGAGAUGGAGCUGUACGGAAACCCUCCCCAGUUUCCAGACGAGGUCAAAGAAGAAGAGGAGAAACCCAAGGUUUUUGAUCAAAUCAUCAUCAAGGACAAAGCAAAGGGCAAGAAGAGUAAAGCGGUGGCCAAAUCUGGAUCCUCCACAUACCAGUGGGACAUCAUGAGGUCUUUAGGUCUGAAUGACUGUGAAAUUGUCAAGUUUGCUAAUGCAGAACACUGGCUGGAGUACUUCCCUCCUUUGGCUAUCAAAGACCUCAAACAAAUGGGAGUCAAGGUGGAUUGGAGACGUUCUUUCAUUACCACUGAUGUGAACCCCUUCUACGACUCUUUCGUCAGGUGGCAAUAUCUGACACUAAAAGAGAGGAAGAAGAUCAAGUUUGGCAAAAGGUAUACCAUCUACUCUCCUAAGGAUGGACAGCCGUGUAUGGACCAUGACAGGCAAACUGGGGAGGGAGUGGGACCUCAGGAGUACACACUCAUCAAGAUGAAGAUUGUUGAACCUUACACGGCAAAAUUCAAAUCAAAAGUGUUUUAUAGCAGUGGCAUGAAAGGCAAAAACAUCUUCCUCGUUGCUGCCACUCUGAGACCAGAAACCAUGUUUGGUCAGACCAACUGCUGGGUGAGACCAGACAUGAUGUAUUUAGCUUUUGAAACAGCCAGCAGAGACAUCUUCAUCUCCACCAAGAGGUCUGCUAGAAACAUGUCUUUCCAGGGAUUCACCAAGGAGAAUGGAGUGGUGCCGGUGAUCAUGGAAAUACUGGGACAGGAUCUCCUUGGCUGUGCUCUAAGUGCUCCUCUGACCUCCUACAAGAUCAUCUAUGCUCUGCCCAUGCUCACCAUUAAGGAGGACAAAGGUACUGGCGUUGUUACCAGUGUGCCAUCCGAUGCUCCUGAUGACAUUGCUGCUCUCAGGGACAUCAAAAAGAAACAGGCUCUAAGGGAAAAAUAUGGAAUUGAGGAUAAGAUGGUGUUGCCUUUUGAGCCGGUCCCCAUCAUUGAAAUCCCAGGCUAUGGAAACCUUUCGGCCCCUCUGGUCUGUGAUGAACUGAAGAUCCAGAGCCAGAAUGACAAGGAGAAACUGGCUGAAGCCAAAGAGAAGGUUUACCUGAAAGGAUUUUAUGAAGGGAUCAUGCUAGUUGAGGGCUUCAAGGGGCAGAAGGUCCAAGAUGUAAAGAAGCCGAUCCAGAAGAUGAUGGUUGAGAAGGGGGAGGCCCUGAUUUACAUGGAGCCUGAGAAGCAGGUCAUGUCGCGUUCAGUUGAUGAGUGUGUGGUGGCGCUCUGUGACCAGUGGUAUUUGGACUACGGGGAGGCCCAGUGGAAGCAGCAGACCAUUGAAGUCCUCACAGCAAUGGAAACAUUUUGUGAAGAGACGAGAAGAAACUUUGAGGCAUCUUUAGCAUGGCUACAGGAACAUGCCUGCUCUCGCACCUACGGUCUUGGAACACGGCUGCCUUGGGACGAGCAGUGGCUGAUUGAGUCACUAUCAGACUCCACUAUCUACAUGGCCUACUACACUGUCGCGCACCUCCUCCAGGGAGGAGUGCUCAACGGACAGGGAGACUCUCCACUGGGCAUCAAGCCGGAGCAGAUGACCAGAGAGGUGUGGGACUUUAUCUUCUUUAAGUCAUCUCCUUUCCCAAAGACUGAUAUCCCCAAGGAGCACCUGCAGAGGCUGAGGAGAGAGUUUGAGUACUGGUACCCGGUGGAUGUCCGUGUGUCUGGAAAGGAUCUAGUGCCAAACCACCUGUCCUACUAUCUGUACAACCAUGUAGCCAUGUGGCCCAAAGACAGCGGAAAGUGGCCACAAGCAGUUCGAGCAAACGGACAUCUGCUCCUUAACUCAGAAAAGAUGUCCAAAUCAACAGGAAACUUCCUCACACUGAGCCAAGCUAUCAAAAAGUUUUCAGCUGACGGUAUGCGUCUGGCCCUAGCCGAUGCUGGGGACACUAUUGAGGACGCCAACUUUGUGGAGACCAUGGCUGACGCUGGCAUUCUUCGCCUCUACACGUGGGUGGAGUGGGUGAAGGAGAUGAUCGCUAACCAGAACAACCUGAGGACGGGACCUACAGACACAUUUAAUGAUCGUGUGUUUGCCAGUGAAAUGAAUGCAGGCAUCUUGAAGACUGAGCAGCAUUAUGAGAGGAUGAUGUACAAGGAGGCCCUGAAGAGCGGAUUUUUUGAGUUCCAGGCAGCGAAAGAUAAGUAUCGUGAGCUGGCUAUUGAAGGCAUGCACAGAGACCUUGUCUUCCAGUUCAUAGAGAGACAAAGUCUGCUGCUGGCCCCCAUCUGUCCACACCUCUGUGAAUACACAUGGAGUCUGCUGGGAAAGACGGGUUCUCUGAUGAAGGCGUCAUGGCCCGUGGCCGGCCCAGUCGAUGAGGUUCUGAUUCGUUCUUCUCAGUACCUGAUGGAGACCGCACAUGACCUCCGUUUGCGACUCAAAGCAUACAUGCUCCCUCCCAAAAGCAAGAAAGGUGACUCAAAGCCCCCUGCCAAGCCGUCCCACUGCACUAUUUAUGUGUCUAAGAGCUACCCUCCAUGGCAGCACAGUGCCCUAUCUUUACUCGGCAAGCACUACAAGAGCAACAACGGGAUCCUUCCAGACAACAAAGUCAUAGCCAACGAGCUAGGAGCCUUGCCUGAACUGAAGAAGUAUAUGAAGAGAGUUAUGCCAUUUGUUGCCAUGAUCAAGGAAAACCUGGAGAAGAACGGACCCAGGGUCUUGGAUCUAGAGCUGGAGUUUGAUGAGCGGGCAGUUCUAAUGGAGAACCUCGUCUACCUAACUAAUUCUCUGGAGUUGGAGCAGAUUGAUGUCUUAUUUGCAUCAGAGGCUGAUGACAAAGUGAAAGAGGACUGUUGCCCUGGGAAACCGUUCAGCGUGUUUAGAGCAGAGCCUGGAGUGUCCGUGUCCUUGGUCAACCCUCAACCAUCCACCGGCCUGUUUACCACAAAGGUUGACAUCCGACAAGGGGACAGCAAAGACACCAUUGUCCGUCGGCUAUCCAAGGUCAACAGACUCAUAAAAGAUCUGUCCAGAGUGAAGCUGAUGAGGUAUGAGGACCCCCUGCUGGGCCCGCGCCGGGUGCCCGUCCUGGGACAGGAGGAAUAUGGCAAGCUGCCCAUCUCCAGCAAAUCUGUGUUCAACAUAAAUCUGGAAGAGAAAAAGGUCACUCUGGCUGACAACGGCUUCACUGUAGACAUUGGAGAUAGCCUGGUUUAUCUGAUCCAAUAAUGAACAAUAGGUUGUCUUACUGGCAUACAGGAGCAGGUUCAGCAGUUUCUCGGUAAAAAAAAACUUAAAUGAGUACUGACCUGUUACAGUAAAAAAAAAAAAAAAAGCAUUUUGAGUCACAAGAAAUGCAAAAAAAUGUUUUUCCUUUCCUUUUAAUUUGUGGACAGCUACAGUUAAUUAGAAUUAAUAUCUAAAUAAAACCUGGAUCUUACUUUUGUUUUGCUGUACUAGAACAUCCAUGUGCUGCGUCAAAUAGUCUUCUGUUUAUAAGGUUCAGGUUUGCCAGUUUUUGUAUGUGGCCAGUCUUCUUUCUGCCUGAUAUUUUGAGUGUUUAAACUUUCAAACAGACCUGUACUGAACAAACAUCUCCCUCCACCACCUCCUCACAUUGUGAGCACUUGUGUUCAUUGUCAGACCGCUCCUGCAGUCCUCUGAAUGCCUGAUGUUGUCAUAUAAAUGGAAAUGUGUCUGGUGUUAUUUUAUACAUCAAAUGUGAGGCAUAUCAUGUCUCUUGAGCUUGUUGGACAGCUUUUAUAUCCUCUAGCUGUCAGCUGUGCUUGUUUGGAUUUUCCACAAAAAUAAAAAGUAUUAAAUAUUUACAA